UAUAUAUACAACACAUAUCCAUAACAAAGAGCAGGAAACAAGAAGAAGAAGAAGAAAAAGAUUAGUAUAGUAGCAUAUGUACAAUAUAUCUAUCCAAAGUAUGGGUGAUGAGAUUGUGUUCUUCGACGUCGAGACGACGGCGCCGGCGGGCGCAGAAGCCGGGUGGCGGUUCUGGCUGGUGGAGUUCGGAGCGAUACUAGUCUGCCCGCGGAGGCUCGCCGAGGUCGCCAGCUACUCCACGCUGAUCAGGCCGGCCAACUUGUCGGCCGUCUCCGCUAGGAGGCUCAGCGGAAUCACCCGCGAGGCCGUCGCCUCCGCUCCGCCGUUUGCGGACGUCGCCAGCCGAAUCUUCGAGAUUCUGAACGGCAGAGUGUGGGUGGGACACAACAUUCAGAGAUUUGACUGCCCAAGGAUAAGAGAAGCAUUUGCUGACAUUGGCCAGCCUCCUCCUGAGCCCACUGGGGUGAUUGAUUCAUUGCCUCUUCUCACACAAGGUUUUGGUAGGAGAGCUGGAGAUCUCAAGAUGGCAACAUUGGCUUCGUACUUCGGUCUAGGGCAACAAAAGCACAGAAGCUUAGAUGAUGCGCGCAUGAACCUGGAGGUUAUCAAGCAUUGCGCCACGGUUCUACUCUUGGAGUCAAGCCUUCCACAAAUAUUAUGGAGCAAAAAAAUGGAGAGUGCAGGUGUUGUUACAAGGAGCAGAGCAAAUGCAGCCUCCUGCAGGGAAGAAGCCAGCAGAAAAUCCCCACCAGCAGCUGCUGCAAGCCACAGAGUAGUCCCUUACAAGAAGGACAGACUGGGGAAGGUGAUGGAGAAGGCAAAAGAAGCACUUUUUAGUGCACAAGGAGCAAGGCCCCUCAACACUUUCCUUAGACAUUCAAGGUCUCUAUUGAGAUGAUGUGAAGGGUGAAAAUUGUAUUGUUAAAUGUUAAUUUCAAGAUGAUUUGUUGAGAAGGGCAUUUUGGCUAAUUAAAUUAGCUCCAAUGAUCCCCACUUCAAAAUGGCUGUAUAUUCCAAUGAUUUCAUUUGUAUAGAUAUAGUUGAUAAUCCACUAAAAAAAUAAAUGGAGGUGCUCUUUGUUUCCUUUUUAA